GCAGCUUUCCACUAAAUGUUUUUUUUUUUUUUUCUCUUCUCUCUCCAGUGCUACUUACACUCUCUCUCACUUCCUAUUUUCCGGCUAUCUCGCCGGAUUCGGGCCUCCAUUAUUUCCGGUGGAUAAACCCCUUCUCCUUUUUCUCCCAGCUAAGAAUACUUGUUUGAGUUGAAGGGUUAGGACUGAACAUGGAAGGAACUGGACUGAGAAGUGUGGGUUCACACUGCUCCAUCUCUGAGAUGGAUGAUUAUGAUCUCUCUAAGCUUCUUGACAAGCCAAGGCUAAACAUUGAGAGACAGAGAUCUUUUGAUGAGAGGUCUCUCAGUGAGUUAUCCAUAGGCCUAAGCAGAGGAUUAGAUAAUUAUGAGAGUGCUUACUCGCCAGGAAGGUCUGCCUUGGACACCCCAGCUUCAUCGGCACGGAACUCUUUUGAGCCCCAUCCAAUGGUUGCUGAAGCAUGGGACGCUCUCCGCCGUUCUUUGGUUCACUUUCGAGGCCAACCAGUUGGUACAAUUGCUGCUGUUGACCAUGCCUCUGAGGAAGUCCUCAAUUAUGAUCAGGUUUUUGUUCGAGAUUUUGUUCCUAGUGCUUUGGCCUUCCUGAUGAAUGGAGAGCCAGAUAUAGUUAAAAACUUCCUGUUGAAGACACUUCAGCUUCAAGGAUGGGAGAAAAGAGUAGAUAGAUUUAAGCUGGGGGAAGGAGUUAUGCCUGCUAGUUUCAAGGUUCUUCAUGAUCCAGUUCGUAAGACUGAUACAAUAAUGGCAGAUUUUGGGGAGAGUGCAAUUGGAAGAGUAGCUCCAGUUGAUUCUGGAUUUUGGUGGAUAAUUCUUCUCCGUGCAUACACAAAAUCUACCGGAGACGUCAGUCUUGCUGAAACUCCCGAGUGCCAAAGGGGAAUGAGGCUUAUAUUGAGCUUAUGUUUGUCCGAAGGAUUUGAUACAUUUCCUACUUUGCUCUGUGCUGAUGGAUGCUCAAUGAUUGAUAGAAGAAUGGGAGUAUAUGGUUAUCCUAUUGAGAUCCAAGCACUCUUCUUUAUGGCACUGAGAAGUGCUUUGGCAAUGAUGAAGCACGACACAGAAGGGAGCGAAUUUAUUGAGAGAAUAGUGAAGCGUCUACAUGCCUUGAGUUAUCACAUGAGAAGUUAUUUCUGGCUUGAUUUCCAACAAUUAAAUGACAUAUACCGCUAUAAAACUGAAGAAUAUUCUCAUACUGCAGUAAAUAAGUUCAAUGUUAUCCCUGAUUCAAUCCCAGAAUGGGUAUUUGAAUUUAUGCCAACACGUGGCGGUUACUUUAUCGGGAAUGUUAGUCCAGCAAGGAUGGACUUCAGAUGGUUUGCUUUAGGAAACUGUAUUGCCAUCUUGUCCUCCCUUGCCACUCCCGAGCAGGCUUCCGCUAUUAUGGAUCUCAUAGAAGCACGCUGGGACGAGCUAGUAGCAGAGAUGCCUUUAAAAAUAUCUUAUCCAGCACUAGAAAAUCAUGAAUGGCGACUUAUAACUGGUUGUGAUCCCAAGAAUACCAGGUGGAGUUACCAUAAUGGAGGAUCUUGGCCAGGUUCUUCCUUCAGCUCUUCACUUGAUUUUUUUACUAACUUUAACGAUUUCUUAUUAAGAAAGAAAAAGGAAUGUAGAGCAUGAAUUAGAUGAUCAUAA